CUUGUCUGGCCUUGCCCUGGCCGCGGAGAACGGGUCGGGGGCGGCCUAGCGCCCCUCCGCUGGCUGGUGGUUGGAGGCCGCGGCGGCUGCGCAUUGAGCAGCUUCCUGCCUCAAGACUCGAGCUUGCUUCUCCGCUGCGGGACGCGCGGCGUGGAGACAGCGCUUGACAGUGUCUGCCGUUUGCCGGGCGGGGAGCGCUGGUUUGUGACUCGCACAGGGAUAAUGCUGAAAGGAAUGACAAGGCUUGUCUCCAGGGUCCAUAAGUUGGACCCUGGACGUUUUUUGCACGUAGGGACCCAGGCACCCCAGUGCCUUGUUGCUCAUCUGAAUAACCAGGUUCCAAAUGAGAGUCCCAGAGCUAUUUCCCGCACCCUUGAGAACGAUCCGGCCAAGCACGGGGAGCAGCAUGUGGGUCGGCACUACAGCAUAUCUGUCCAAGAGCUGAAGACCGUGUUCCCCCACGGCCUGCCUCCUCGCUUUGCAAUGCAGGUGAAGACAUUCAAUGAAGCUUGCCUGAUGGUAAGGAAACCAGCCCUCGAGCUUCUGCAUUACCUGAAAAACACCAAUUUUGCUCAUCCAGCUGUACGAUACGUCCUCUAUGGCGAGAAGGGAACAGGAAAAACCCUCAGUCUCUGCCAUGUUAUUCAUUUCUGUGCAAAACAGGACUGGCUGAUACUGCAUAUCCCAGACGCUCAUCUUUGGGUCAAAAACUGCCGGGAUCUUCUGCAGUCCACCUACAACAAACAGCGCUUUGACCAACCUUUAGAGGCUUCAAUCUGGCUGAAGAAUUUCAAAACUGCAAAUGAGCGUUUCUUGAGUCAGAUAAAAGUUCAAGACACGUAUGUCUGGAAUAAGCGAGAAAGCACUGAGAAAGGCAGUCCUCUGGCAGAAGUAGUUGAACAGGGCAUAAUGCGAGUGAGGAAUGCCACAGAUGCAGUUGGGAUUGUGCUUAAAGAGCUAAAGAGGCAAAGUUCUCAGGGUAUUUUUCGCCUCCUGGUGGCAGUGGAUGGAGUCAAUGCUCUCUGGGGAAGGACCACACUGAAAAGAGAAGAUAAAAGCCUGAUUGCCCCAGAAGAACUAGCCCUUAUUUACAACCUGAGGAAAAUGGUGAAAAAUGAUUGGCAAGGAGGUGCCAUUGUGUUGACUGUGAGCCAGACUGGGUCUCUCUUUAAGCCCCGGAAAGCCUAUCUGCCCCAGGAGUUGCUGGGAAAGGAAGGAUUUGAUACCCUGGAUCCCUUUAUUCCCAUCCUGGUUUCCAACUAUAACCCAAAGGAAUUUGAAGGUUGUAUUCAGUAUUAUUUGGAGAACAAUUGGCUUCAACAUGAGAAAGCUCAUACAGAAGAAGGGAAGAAGGAGCUGCUGUUCCUAAGCAAUAGGAAUCCCGGGCUGCUGGAGCGGCUGUGUGCCUACCUCUAGGCCAUGGUCACAAAGUGCACGGAAGACAGUGGGUGUUUCUCUAAUGGACCAGUCAGGUGGGAGGCCCCCCAGGACACAAGAGCGGCCAACAGGACUGCAGUCAGCUCCAGCCUUUGUUGUCGUGGGUUCCUUGUAAUGGGACUAUGAUGGCAACAAGAUGUCCUGAAACCAACACCAGUUUAUUAGAUGUGGUUUUCACAUUUUAAAUAAUCAUGUAGCUUUUUCUUAAAAAUUAAAUUAAGUAUGUUUCUUAAA